CACCUCUAUGCACGGGUACGAUACGCGCUUCCGCCGACUGGGAGUCGAAGAUGGCGAAGGCCAGAACCGCUCCCUGCGGACUGGAUCUUUUCCAAUGGGGACGACGAUUUGAGGGAUUAUCGCCGCUUCGGGCCCAUAUGUCCGCAGCUAGGUGGUGAAUCGGGAGCAGUGGAUAUCACACAGUGGGAGGAAGUCGAGGAUGUGGUCAUGGAUGAAGAUUGCUUGUACUUGAACAUAUGGGUACCAGCGGGAGUGGAGACAAUCUCGAAAGGCUGGCCUGUUCAAUUCAUCUUCCCUCCUGGAGGGCUGCAAUGCGGCCAUGGCAUGCAACAGAACUACUUGGAUCCCAUCGACCUCUUCCGAGAACAUCACGAAGAACCGCGCAUUAUCGUAUCUGCCAACUAUCGUGUCGGUAUCCUGGGAUUCCUCGCAAGUGAAGAGCUCAUGGUAGAUGGUAUGGAUCCGGCGACACGAAGCAGUGAUUCUGCCGGAAACUUUGGCUUGUGGGACCUACGAAUGGCCUUGCAGUGGACGUACGACCAUAUACAUCUUUUUGGAGGCAACCCAAACAACAUCAGUGCUGGUGGCUCUGGGCUCAUCACUGCACUGCAAUUGCACUAUGACGCUUUUCAGCCUCCGGAUAACCGCAUCAUUCGAAGAGCCUUUCUCUUCAGUGGAGCUGUUAGCAUACAACCUGAGCCAGCGCACUCCUUCAAGCCAAGCAGGCAAUUUGACGAAAUCUGUAGCCAGCUCUUGAUUGAGCUCGAUCUGAGCGGUGAAGAGAAGAUCCAGCUUCUGCGCAAUGUGCCAGUUGAGAAGCUUCUCAGCGCAGUCCGCACACUCGAGAUCGACUUCAAGCCCGUCACAGAUGGCGAAGGUGGCUUCGUACCCAUGUGGCUGAUGGCUUCCAUUUGGAAUGGGGAGCUUGGUCGUCGGCUGAAGCAGAGAAAUGUACAAGUGGUGAUUGGCGACAGUCGCGAUGAACGCUUAUUCUACGAGCAUACUGGAAGAGUCGGAAUUCAGCCCAGUAGGCCCUCGCGCGCGAUCUUCUCUCGCGACGCCCUCAUGUCGAAGCUCAAGGCCCAUUACCCCACUGACAUCUGCAAUGAAUUGGUCCAGAGAUAUGCCCGAGACAUUACAGAUUGGAACUCCGUAUAUUGUGACAUCAUGGCAGACGUCCAAUGUCACGCGGCGACCCGAGGAUUUGCGCAGUGCUUAAUGUACGGAGGCAUGACUACGCACGAUGUGCUAAGAUAUCACAUUGCAUGGCGUCCGCAAGGUGUGGAUGACUGGAUCAGCCCCGAUGCGGGCGUAUCGCACGUGAUGGACAUGCCGAUAUGGCUGUUCUCCGGUUGGCGAGCAGGUUUCAGUAAAAAGGACAAGCACGAUGUGCUCGUCUUCACUGCGCCAUUCAGUCGAUUCUUGACGGGCGGACACAGUGCCCGCAUUGGCUGGAGCACGGACGAGGAAUUCGAGGUGCGGCUGUUGUCGCCCUCGGGCGCGGCGAUGGUGGCCGAAGAUCAGAUGUGGGUGAGGAAGCUGGAUGUAUGGAACACACUGCGUGAUGUGCAGAGGAACAGGGUGGCGCCUCGCGCGGACAGCGUGGUACAGACCAACGGUGGCUGAUCGGCUGGGCCGCUGAAGCUGGAUGGACAUGUCAGCAUGGUAGGAAGUACAGGGUGUACCUCCUUUCCUUACUGGUGGAUGUUGGCCACCGCGAAAUGCCCAUUCAAAGCUAAAAACACUCCAUGGCACCUUUACAUCGGCCAACUUGUAUGCUCGGCAUUCGGCAUUCGGCAAGCGACGUUCUCCAGACCGGAGAGACAGUCCGAUGUGGCGAGUGGUGACACCCCGUACAAUACCUGGUAUACUACACUUGCAAGGAUGACCCAGGGGGCACUCCGAAACGCUGUGGAAAUGGGUGGGAC